CCAUGAUGCGUGCAGUCCUGAGUAUCUGGAUCUUAUCAGCAGUGAUCUGUGUGGCCACAGGUAAACGCAGUAAAGAUGACAUCAAGGUAAAACAUCAGGCAGGAAAAGACAUUGCACUGGACAGCAGUGCUGACAGCAUCUCACUGGUGGCUUCAGCAAACAAAGAGUUUGCCUACCAUCUGUACAGGAAGUUAGCAGCUCAUGCUGACUCGCAAGGCAAGAAUAUCUUCUUCUCGCCUAUUAGUGUGUCUGUUGCCUUGGCUGCCUUGUCUGUUGGAGCACGGGGGGAAACCCACCGGCAGAUCUUCAGUGGUCUGGGUUUCACCAAUCCCAUACUGACGCAGACAGUUGUGGAUCAGGUCUUCCAUAUGCUCCUUAAAUGGGCAAAUAAUGCAUCUACGAAAGACACCAGUCAAGGGACCGCUGUGUUCUUGGAUAACAGCUUCAAGCCAAAGCUGGAGUUCCUGGACGUCUUAAAGAAGUCUUACUUUGCAGAUGGGAUUGAAGUUGACUUCACCAAAACCAAGGAGAGUGCCAAUACUAUCAAUAAGUAUGUGGAGGAGAUGACCAAUGGGAAGAUCAAUAAGCUGGUGGAAGACUUGAACCCAAACACAGUUAUGUAUCUCAUCAGCUACAUAUACUACAAAGGAACGUGGCAAACUCCAUUUGAUCCUAAGCUCACCAAGGAGGACAUGUUCACAGUUGAUGAGAAGACCAAGGUUCCUGUCCAGAUGAUGAACAGGGAGGAGGAUUUCGAUACCUAUUAUGACCCAGCAAUUAAAACAUCGGUGCUCAGUCUUCCCUUCAACAGCACUUCCUCCAUGCUGUUGUUGUUGCCUGAUGAUAUGGCAACACUGGAAAAAGCCAUUUCUCCAAAACACAUCACCAAAUGGCUUAAGUCGAUGAAGUCCAGGACCUAUGAUGUGUAUCUUCCAAAGUUCUCCAUCAAGACUACUUACUCCCUGAAUGAUGCGUUGACUGAAAUGGGAAUGACCAACAUGUUUGGUGCUCAAGCAGAAUUGAGCGGUAUUUCAGAGGGGCAAAAACUGGCUGUGUCAAAGGUUGUGCACCAAGCCACUCUGGAUGUUGAUGAGGCCGGAGCCACUGCUGCAGCAGCUACAGGCCUCGACAUUGUCCCUUUGUCCCUACAUCACAUCCCUGUCUUGAAGUUUGAUCGGCCAUUUAUGGUCCUGAUCAUUGAGCCCAGCACAGAACACGUCCUCUUUAUGGGCAAGAUUAUCAACCCAAACAUCUGAUGGAGUAAA